AUGGAUAGCAAACAGAUGUUGUUAUCGGCGCUCGGCGUCGGAGUUGGAGUCGGUGUGGGUUUAGGCCUCGCUUCCGGUCAAGCCGUCGGGAAAUGGGCCACCGGAAACUCGACGUCGAGUAACGCCGUUACGGCGGAUAAGAUGGAGAAGGAGAUACUCCGUCAAGUUGUUGACGGAAGAGAGAGUAAAAUUACUUUCGAUGAGUUUCCUUAUUAUCUCAGUGACCAAACACGAGUGCUUCUUACAAGCGCAGCUUAUGUUCAUUUGAAGCACUUUGAUGCGUCAAAGUAUGCCAGAAACUUGUCUCCGGCGAGUCGAGCCAUUCUCUUGUCCGGUCCUGCCGAGCUUUACCAACAAAUGCUAGCUAAAGCCCUAGCUCAUUUCUUUGACGCCAAGUUACUUCUUCUAGACGUUAACGAUUUCGCACUGAAGAUACAGAGCAAAUAUAGCAGCGGAAAUACAGAAUCAUCGUCAUUCAAGAGAUCUCCCUCAGAAUCUGCUUUAGAGCAACUAUCAGGACUCUUUAGUUCUUUCUCAAUCCUUCCUCAAAGAGAAGAGUGCAAAGCUGGUGGUACCUUGAGGAGGCAAAGCAGUGGUGUGGAUAUCAAAUCAAGCGCAAUGGAAGGCUCAAGUAAUCCUUCAAAGCUUCGUCGAAACUCUUCAGCAGCUAAUAUCAGCAACCUUGCAUCUUCAUCAAAUUCAGCGCCUUUGAAGCGUACUAGUAGCUGGUCCUUCGACGAAAAGCUUCUGAUCCAAUCUUUAUAUAAGGUCUUGGCCUAUGUUUCCAAGGCGAAUCCGAUUGUGUUAUAUCUUCGAGACAUCGAGAACCUUCUGUUCCGCUCGCAGAGAACAUACAACUUGUUCCAAAAGCUUCUCCAGAAACUCAGUGGACCGGUUCUCAUUCUAGGUUCGAGAAUCGUAGACUUGUCUAGCGAAGAUGCUCACGAAAUCGACGAGAAGCUCUCAGCUGUGUUCCCUUACAACAUCGAUAUAAGGCCGCCUGAUGAUGAGGGCCAUCUGGUGAGCUGGAAGUCGCAGCUUGAACGGGACAUGAACAUGAUCCAAACUCAGGACAAUAGGAACCAUAUCAUGGAGGUUUUGAGUGAGAAUGAUCUUAUAUGCGAUGACCUCGAGUCGAUCUCUUUUGAAGACACAAAGGUUUUGAGUAAUUACAUUGAAGAGAUUGUCGUCUCUGCGCUUUCUUAUCAUCUGAUGAACAACAAAGAUCCUGAGUAUAGAAAUGGAAAGCUUGUGAUUUCGUCUACAAGUUUAUCGCAUGGAUUCAGUUUGUUCAGAGAAGGAAAAGCCGGUGGUCGUGAGAAGCUGAAGAAACAGCCUAAGGAAGAAAAACCUAAGGAACCAAAAGCUGAAUUAGCGGCUGAUGUCAAGCCGGAGACUAAACCAGAGAGCGUCACCGCCGCAAGCAGCAAGAACGAACCGGAGAAAGAAGCUAAAGCAACCCCAAAAGCUCCGGAAGUUCCACCGGAUAACGAGUUUGAGAAACGGAUAAGACCUGAAGUGAUCCCAUCAGAAGAAAUCAACGUCACGUUUGAAGACAUUGGUGCGCUUGACGACAUCAAGGAAUCACUACAAGAGCUUGUAAUGCUUCCUCUCCGUAGACCAGAUCUCUUCACAGGAGGUCUCUUGAAGCCAUGCAGGGGAAUCUUGCUCUUUGGUCCGCCUGGAACCGGUAAAACAAUGCUGGCUAAAGCCAUAGCGAGAGAGGCAGGAGCGAGUUUCAUCAACGUUUCCAUGUCGACCAUAACUUCAAAAUGGUUUGGAGAAGACGAAAAGAAUGUUAGGGCUUUGUUCACUCUUGCUUCCAAAGUAUCACCGACGAUUAUCUUUGUGGAUGAAGUUGAUAGUAUGUUGGGACAAAGGACGAGAGUUGGAGAACAUGAAGCUAUGAGAAAGAUUAAGAAUGAGUUUAUGAGUCAUUGGGAUGGGUUAAUGACUAAACCUGGUGAGCGUAUCUUAGUCCUUGCUGCUACAAAUCGGCCUUUUGAUCUUGACGAGGCCAUUAUCAGACGUUUCGAAAGAAGGAUUAUGGUGGGACUUCCGGGUGUAGAGAACAGAGAGAAGAUUCUUAAGACAUUGUUGGCGAAAGAGAAAGUGGACGAUAACUUGGAUUACAAGGAACUAGCAAUGAUGACAGAUGGAUACACAGGAAGUGAUCUCAAGAAUCUUUGCACAACGGCUGCGUAUAGGCCAGUGAGAGAGCUUAUACAACAAGAGAUGAUCAAAGAUACGGAGAAGAAGAAACAGAGAGAGACUACGAAGGCGAGUGAAGAUGAUGAAGAGAAAGGGGAGAGAAUUAUUACGCUUCGUGCGUUGAACAGACAAGACUUUAGAGAAGCCAAGAAUCAGGUGGCGGCGAGUUUCGCAGCGGAGGGAGAAGGAAUGGGAGAGUUGAAGCAGUGGAAUGAGAUGUAUGGAGAAGGAGGGUCGAGGAAGAAAGAACAGCUCACUUACUUCUUGUGA